AUGCCCCAGACCUUGGUCUUCCUGCUGCUCCUGGCCAGAACCGUCGGGAACCCCUGCUACCACCCAGGGGGGCGACCCCGCUUCUGCCUCCCCCCAGUGACCCAGCUGGCUACCCUGGUGGCCUCCUGUCCCCAGGUCUGCACCCUCUCAUCGGAAGGCAGCCUGGCACCCCAGAACCCUUGCAACAGCACCCUGACCCUGCAGUUGGGGGCCUCCUUCCUGCUGAGCUCUGUCAGCCUGCGCUUUUGCACCCCAGCACCCCCAAGCCUGGAGCUGUCCGCAGCCUGGGCCCCUGGAGGACCCCGCAGGUCACUUUGGCGCAGACCCUCUAGGCCUCGAGUACUGGGGGGCCCAGAGCACGUCACCUUCCGUGUCACUCCUGGCUCCAGCGCCCGGGUAGUGGCCAGCGACCUUCGACUGGAGCUGGGGGUCCCCGUAGGGCUGGCGGCCGCAGGGGUGAGGGGUCGCUGCCAGUGCCACGGCCACGCUGCCCGCUGUGCCCCCCGUGCCCGGCCUCCCCGCUGCCGCUGCCAACAUCACACCGCCGGCCCUGGGUGCGAGAGCUGCCGCCCGUCCCAUCGCGACUGGCCCUGGAGGCCCGCCACGCCCCAGCACCCCCACCCUUGCCUGCCCUGCUCCUGCAACCAGCAUGCCCGCCGCUGCAGGUUUAACUCCGAGCUCUUCCGGCUGUCGGGGGGCCGCAGUGGGGGUGUCUGUGAGCGCUGCCGCCACCAUACUGCCGGGCGCCACUGUCACUACUGCCAGCCUGGCUUCUGGAGGGACCCUGGGCAGCCCCUCACCAGCCGCAAGGCCUGCCGGGCCUGUCAGUGCCAUCCCAUCGGGGCCACGGGAAGCACCUGCAACCAGACUAGUGGGCAAUGUGUCUGCAAAAUUGGGGUCACCGGUGCCACCUGCAAUCGCUGCGCCCCUGGAUUUCAGCAGAGCCGCUCCCCCAAGAUGCCCUGCCAGCGAAUCCCAGAGGCUGCAACCACCACUGCUUUGCCAGUGGGUACUUACAGCUCAGACCCUGAGUGCCAGCACUGCAACCGUCCAGCCCGGGCCGUGUACAUGAGCCUCAGGAGGUUCUGUCAGCUGGAUUAUGUUCUCCGUGCACAGGUGCUGGGGUCGGUGGUGACGGCGGGUCCAGCGUGGCAACAGCUGGCAGUGACUGUGCUGGCUGUGUACAAGCAGCGGGCCCACGCCUUGCGCCCUGGCACCCAGGACGCCUGGGUGCCCCGGUCAGAUCUGACUUGUGGCUGCUUAAGCCUCCGGCCAGGCACUGACUACCUACUGCUGGGCAGUGCAUUUGGAGGCCCAGACCCCUCUCGCCUAGUCCUGGACCACCAUGGCCUUGCGCUGCCCUGGAGGCCUCACUGGGCCCGGCCACUGCGCAGGUUGCAGCAGGAAGAGCGAGCUGGGGGCUGCCACACCCUGAAGCCCUCCACGUUGCAUCCAGGGCCUGGGUACCAGAAUGGGAACUGGGUAGCUUUAACAAAUGCUGAAAAAGCCCCUGACGUCAUCAACAUGGCGGACACUGGUUCAAGGGACUUCCCAGAAAUGUGA